AUGUCGAAAACAACAAAACAAGGACUUGCCGACUCAAAAAAGAUGUCGAGUGAGCUAUUCUGUCUCACUUACGGCUCUCUUGUUACCGAAAUGCUGAAAGACUAUGAAGAUCCGAAGGAAGUGACAAAGAAGCUCGACCAAAUGGGUUUUAACAUUGGAGUGCGACUUGCUGACGACUUUCUUGCCAAAAACGCGAAUGUUCCGAGAUGUCGCGAUGCCCGUCAAAUCGCCGAAUUCUUGUGCAAAAAUGCUCUUCCUUGUUAUUUGGGCGUCUCUGCAUCUUCUUCAAAUUGGACAAAUGGCGAUCGCGAGUUCACAAUCACUCUCGAAUCGAAUCCGCUCACUGAGCUCGUGCAAGUUCCUCCGAAUCUUGUUGCCUCUGGCUUAAGUUAUUCGCAAUUAAUUGCCGGAGCAAUUCGAGGAGGUCUCGAAGCUGUCCAUUACAAGGUUCUCGCUUCGGCUUCAGACAACGGUUCCAGCACGAUGAUCCAAAUUCGAUUCGAAGGUGUCCUCAAGGACAACAUCCCGGCGGGAGAAGAUUAA